UGUUUCCAGUACGAGAGAAUGUCUCGUGAUAUCGUUCUCUCUGAACACUUUCCAGUGGGGAAAGCAUGAGAGUACAUUUAAAUUUCCGCAAUUUUCUUUCAGCCAGCCAGGUGGGCGGCCACGGCUCAUCGGUUUAGUAGGUGCCGGAUGGUUGUGUCGAAAAGUUGAUGAUUUAUUUCCUUGACGCUCGUACUGAUGGGUUUUGAGCUUCGUGUUACGAAAAGCAUCCUGUGUUUCGUGACUGUGGAAAUUUAUGACUAAGGAUAUACAGUUGAGCUACGGCUCACGGAUGGUUCAGUAGCAGAUAGGCCGUGGAAGAGUGAACAACGAGAAAAACGGUGCGGGAUUCAUUCUUCAGUAGUAGGAGACGUUUGCGUUGAGUUUUGAUAGGAAAACUCUAGGCGUAAAAAUGUGAUUGUGUUGGAUUAUCGGCUAUUUAGGCAAAUUCGUGCUUAGAAUUAUGCUCUCGGAAGAGACGAUUUAGAUAUCUGAUACUGGCAGGCGGUGAAAUUAGCAGUUGUUUUGUCCGUUGCAUAUGUAGUCUUGGAAAGCGCCAAAUGAAAAAGUGACGAACGUGAUUGUAUUUUUUCCGUUGGUGAGAUUUCGUUUGCUGUAUGCCGAGUCUUCGGUUUCAAAUUCGGAACUGGGUGUGAUACCCCAAAACCGAAGUCUGUGAUUUAUAGCAAGUUGAAGUGUUCCUUUACUUUUCGUGGUGUUUUCCUGAUAAAUGUGGCUAGAUUGCGAGUACACGAGUAGGAAACAUUGGUAGCGCAACCUUAGGAUUAGGUGAUUUAUUGCCCAGUGUGUACGUGUGUAAUAACGAAAAAUGGUGAAUGAUAGUUACAGUUCACUGGUGCUGGCCGCAUCAGCGGCUUCGGACGCUCGUUUCAACACCACCAUCUUCCCGACGACGACCUCUUUAACAUCCGGUAUGUCUGAGGAAGAGGAAGAGGACAUAGAAAUGAUAGUCUCGCGAAUUGUGCCGAUAUUUUUCGGUCUCAUCGGCAUAACUGGUUUGCUGGGCAAUGCGCUUGUAGUGCUGGUAGUCAUUUCAAAUCCUCUGAUGCGUUCAACGACCAACUUGCUGAUUAUCAAUCUGGCAGUAGCGGAUCUCCUGUUUGUGAUAUUUUGUGUACCAUUCACGGCGACUGAUUAUGUGCUAUCAUCCUGGCCAUUCGGAGACCUGUGGUGUAAAAGUGUGCAGUAUUUGAUCGUAGUGACGGCUCACGCUAGCAUAUACACUUUAGUUCUCAUGUCGCUCGAUCGGUUUCUGGCGGUAGUGCAUCCGAUUGCCAGUAUGGUCAUAAGAACUGAAAAGAAUACGAUUUGGGCUAUUACAAUACUGUGGGUGGUCAUCAGCACCACGGCGAUCCCAGUUUCGUUCGCUCAUGGAAUCAAUAAAAUCCAGUACCGGGACCGGGAUCUCGCCUCGUGCACUUUCCUCGAGAAUGAGCAGUUCUCCCGUGUUGCCUUCCACAUCGCGUUCUUCUCCAGCUCGUACCUGGUGCCGCUCGUGCUUAUUAGUGUGCUGUACAUGUGC